AUAGUAGAAAUUUGAUGAGGCCAGCACACCAGGGGUAGAUGACGGUGUAAUGGAGACUAUUGGUUUUCGUUUUUCCACGGCUUCACGCGGUGGCGGUCUCACCUUUUACUUUUACGAACUGUUUCUGUGCCUUUUCCUCGUCUCCCCAUGGUCUCUUUCCACUUAAUCUAAAAGCCUUGUGGACUUCUCCGUUGCUUCUCCAUCCCACCUAAAGUCUUGUUGUAUGAGGCCAUGGAUCUUCAAUUCUACAGGGCUGCAAAACUUGGCGACAUCACACUUCUCAGACGACUAGUGAAUGAAGAUCCUAGCCGGCUGCUGCGAGUAACUCCACAAGCAGAGAACACGGCCAUUCACGUUUCCGUGAGUUUUGGUCACAUAGAAAUCGUGAAGGAAGUGUACGCAGUGCUUCUCCAACACAACUCAAGUUUAGAGGGUGACACCGACUAUAGCAGAAGCUUAUCGCUUCUCACACAGGUGAACUCAAAAGGUGAUACUGCCCUACAUGUAGCGGCCAGAGAAGGCCACACUUCCGUAGCUGAAUUUCUCAUCCAAAAGAUUCUGCCUUGGCCUUCUGACAAUGAUGUAGAAAGUGGCUCAAAUAGUUCUUCAUCACUUGCUCGUGAGAAAAUAAGGAUGAGAAACAAGACCAAAAACACAGCCCUGCACGAAGCUGUCCGAAGUAAUAAUCUUGUAAUGGUGAAUUUGCUGACCGGUGCAGACCCUGAUUUAGGGCAUCCCAACUAUGAUGUUGAUGUGGAAGGUGGGGAGUCUCCACUCUUCCUGGCUGCUAGAAGCGGAUCCUCGAAAAUCCUCAAUCAAAUCUUUCGAAUUUGUCCAUCUCCAGCUCACGAUGGGCAACAUGGCCGGACGGCUUUACAUGUCGCGGUCAUUGAGGGUCACCUAGGUGUGGUGAAAAUGCUCUUAGAGAAGGAAAGAGAAAUUGUGAAUAAAGUAGAUGAAAAUGGAAGGACCGCUCUCCACUAUGCGGCGUCCAAAACAUGGGGCCACAAGAUAGUAAAGCAGUUGCUAAUGCAUGAUACUUCCAGCGUGUAUAAAUUAGACAAAGAUGGUCUCUCACCACUUCACAUCGCAGCUUUUGGAUCAAGUAUUAAAGUAUUUAAAGAGCUCAUCCAAUGUUGCCCAGAUUCUGUGGAGUUGCUGGACAAAAAAUGUCGCAAUGUUCUUCACUUUGCUGUGAUUAGUAAGAACUACAAGAAAAUCAGGUAUGUCUUACAACAAUUAGAGCUUAAGGAAAUCGUAAACCAACCAGAUGAUGAUGGAAACACCCCACUUCACCACGCGGCCAAACAAUGUGAUUUGGGUCAUAUGGGACUUCUUUGUUCAAAUAGGAGAGUCGAUCUAAAGGCCAUGAACAACAAUGGCGAAACAGCUAUUGAUAUUUAUAUCAUGAACCUGAUCCCUAUAGACAGAUUAGCAGUGACGCUUAGUUUGAGUAUGAUUAACCUACAUACCAAGACGACAGCUUCUGCGCGAGCAGAUUAUGCACUAAGUGUAAGAGGAGAAGAAAAAUGGAUUAUAGGAGGAGUGAUCGAGGAGGAAAUAGACAAUGACUCGAAUAAGCAAGAGGAAGUAGCAACUGUAAGAUCAGAUGUUAAACAGUGGGAAAAGAAAAUGGGGAAAAUCCUCCAUAUUGUAGCAUCUCUUACUGCCACCACCGGCACCUUCGCAGAUGUUUUUCAAGUCAUCGGUAGCUACAAUAGCGUUGAUGGAAAGCCAAUACUCCUCGACAAGGGAUCCUUCCAAAAAUUUCUUCAGUACUAUGCGAUAGCUAUGCGUCGUUCUUGGAUUGCCUUUUUGUUUGUCAUGCUGAUCAUCGAAUUAGUUGGCUGCGAACUUUUUUAUUCUUUCUUGUUGAAACUAGCUAGAAUUUUCAUAUACGUUGGGCUUAAGCUCAUAGCGUUCUUGGAGGGCUCCAGGCACCGCUACCUCAUUUUGUUAGUCUUCAGUGUUUUUCUUUCAAUGUCUUCUUGAAUUGAAUAAUGUAAUGCUGUGCUCUCUCUUGUAUUCCUUGAGAACGCCCUCAACCACUGUUGUCUCUUGUGCUUAUGGUUUUUCUCUUUCAUUUUGAAGUCUUUCUAUGUUAAGAAUUUGAUUAAUCCAUUUUAAGCAUAUUUUAUUGUUGUA